GACAACAUGUCUCAUCUAAAUUCUCAAUGUUUAUGGGAAUAUCCCAUCUAGAAGAAGUAGUAAUUUAUAAUUCUUUGAAAGAUACCAAGUCAAAUUUUGCUCUGAACUAACCUUUGACAUUUAUCAACCACUUUUUUUCUUUCCUUUGAUCAUCUCCUAGCUCCAUCUUUUGUAAUCUUUUGUACGAUACAAAAUUUUUUAUUAGGAACCAUGUUCAUGAGUGAAGUGAAUCACCAAAGCAUCAAAACCAACGGAAUAAAUAUACAUGUAGCAGAACAAGGAACAGGACCACUAGUUCUACUCCUUCAUGGUUUCCCAGAAAUAUGGUAUUCUUGGCGCCAUCAACUAAACUAUUUGGCCCAAAAUGGUUAUCAUGCUGUUGCACCUGAUCUAAGAGGAUAUGGUGACUCUGAUUCUCCUAUCAACUCCGAUUCCUACACUCUUCACCACAUCGUAGGUGACCUUAUUGGUCUUCUUGAUCAUUUUGGUGAACAUAAGGCAUAUGUAGUAGGAUCUGACUGGGGUGCAAACAUUGGAUGGCACCUAAGUCUAUUUAGGCCUGAUAGAGUGAAGGGGUUUGUUGCUCUAGGUGUUCCUUACUUUCCAAGAUCUCCAACUGAUAAAACUGUUGAAACUAUAAGAAAAGUAUACGGAGACGGAGCUCAUGUUUGCCAAUUUCAGGAACCAGGUCGUGCAGAGAGAGCUUUUGCUAGAUAUGAUUGUUUGACAGUGAUGAAGAAGUUUUUACUGAUUACAUGGACACAUUUUAUAACAGCUCCUCCUGGCAUGGAGAUCGUUGAUUUCUUGCCAACUCCUUCGGUUUUGCCGUCGUGGAUAACUGAGGAAGAACUCAUGGUUUUUGCAGACAAAUUCCAAGAGUCUGGUUUCACUGGUGCAUUCAAUUACUACCGCGCAAUGGACCUAAGCUGGGAGCUUCUAGCACCAUGGCAAGGAUCAAAGAUAACAGUUCCAACUAAGUUUAUUGCUGGAGACAAAGAUGUUGGUUUUCAAAAUGGGGGUACAAAAGAUUUUGUGGAAGGUGAUAUUUUCAAGAGUCUUGUUCCCAACCUUGAAGUGGUUAUACUAGAUGGUCACCACCAUAUACAUCAAGAGAAAGCUCAAAUUGUUUCGGAGGAAAUCCUUUCCUUCAUCCGUAAACUAUCUCUAGAUUAGGGAAUCUUCAACAAUUUUCGUUUGAGACAAGUAUUGUCCACCCCUUUGUCUAGCUUGUGGCACAGAUGCGAUUUUUCUUAUUCAAUGUAAUAACUUAUGUGUUGUUCUUACUAUUAACAAAUCAUUAAAUUGAUUUUAGAUAUAUGGGAUUUUAAACAUA